ACAGCAUUUCCCACAGUGCUAAACGUUGUAGUAGUAGUCGGGAAAUUGCUUGAGUUGAUGGUAUAGCUCGUUGAAACGGUUGAUUAAUUCUGUUUUGAAAAUUAGAUAUAUAUAUUUUUUUAAAUAAAAGUGAAUUUUAAAAUAUCUCUAGCCUGAAAUGUCUGCAAGGCGAAUGUCAGAUAUGGGGGAUGUCACCGUCAGGCAGAUCGCUAACCAGUGCUAGCCAGCAGUCGGGACUAAGUGUAGAAGUUGACGUUAUAUAGCUGUAUCUCUGUCUAAUUACUUGCCAUUCCGUAAUUUAUUCCGUUUCGAGUUUGUUUAAAGUUAUUUUGUGUUGUAUAUACGUAUUUCGCUCAGGAAUUUUCGCUGGUAAGUUUUCCAACAUGUUUAACCUAGCAAGCUAACUAUAUAGCUUGUUGACUUGCAGUCACAGUAAUCAAAGGGGGUUGAAUCACACAAAUCAUACUACAGACGUCAUAAGAAAACUUUGGCUUUUGGCUGUAUGUGUUUUAACUGAAUUCUAAAGCCAGUGACUCCCCAACCCAUUUACAGCAAGUUUGCGUGCAUGCGCCUGCGACCGUAGAACGGCCAUGGGAAAGUGGCAUCCGUUUCAAAACAUACGGACUAACCUGAUGAAUAAUCCACCAGUUGUCGUAUUUUUCCUGUGUAUGGUGUCAAUUGCCACAGCUUUCAUAGGCUUCGGAGCCUAUACUAAAAAAUACGAAGUUAGGGACCCAGACGUGGCUCAGGACUGGAAUCAGAUUUUAAGAUCUUUAGCAGCCUUGAAGUUAUGUGCAUUGGAUACUGACACAGAGGACAAGGUUCCUUCUGCAGAUGCGCAGCAUGUAAGCAAAUCUCUGUUGCUGGGGCAGGAGGCUGCAGGUGAAGUCUCAACUAAUUACAGCCAUUGGUCCCUGCUAGUACCCCUGGUCUUGAGUGGAAGCACUCCUAAACAACAUCCUGCCAGCUUUAAAAUGGCCCUCAGGGGAAGUUUGCUGGGCUUGAAAGGUCCAGCAGGGAAAACAGUACUCAACCUGACACUUCAUUUCCUCACUGAGCGGGAGCUGAAUGCCAGUCAUGCAGGUGAUGGAAGUAGCUCCGGAUCCACCUGUUUGAGCUUCAUGGCACCUGCACACUUCGUGCCUCAUACCAGGAUGCCUCCAUUGUGCCCAGCAAGAGAAGAACCGUAUACAGAUCAUUCUGUUGUAACAGCCAUGACAUCAGACCAGUAUAAGCAAGAUGCCCAGUCAGCUGAGCCUUGUUACCGCAUGGAGUUUAACCCAGACCCUGAACUUAUCAUGCUUUCCCAGGGAGACAGAGACCUGGCUGUUCAUCAUUUAAUGAUUUUCGCUGGAUGCUUGCUAAGUUUAUGUGCUGUGCUUUGUUUUGCUGGGAGCUUCUCAUUUUCUAUGUCUCGGAAAAACCAGAGCAAUGGGCAGGAUCUACAAAAGGAAUCAUUACUCCACUCCUGAAUGUUAUCAAGUCAUCUAAUUUUUUCUAGUUUUUAUCCCAUCGACCAACAUAAGUAACCAAGUCAUAUUGAAAAGGAUGGGUGAAUAACUGGAACUGAACUUGUAUUCCACUGAUUAAGUGAUUUACCUGAACUGCUGGGCAACAAAAUGAUGAAUGAGUCUACCUCUAGAACAUGGUCAUCUAGACAAUAGUGUAAUGUUAAACGUGGAAGACCUUUUAGGGAUCAAGUGUUUGGUUGGUCUGGACUGAUUGUUAUACGAAGAAAAACUUUGUUUUUUUGGCAACACCUUUCACAAAAUAUGCUUAGUAAUGUUUAUUUCCUUUGAAUUUUAUUCCGUUUCUUAAGACUAUAUGAAUGUGUACAUAUUUUGUUAAAUAGAGCAGAUCUUACAGUUUACUUGGUCGUUUCAUGCAUAGCAUUAUUGCCUCACAAUUCCAGCAGCCCACUGUUUCCUUGCAGAGCUCCCAUAUUCUUCCUGCGUUACACAGAUUUUUUAUGGGUCCUCCUGUUUUCUCCCAAAAUCCAAAGAUGUGCAGUUCGGUUAACUUCCAUUUCUAAAAUGCCCAUGGUGUGUACUUUUGUGAGUGCAUGUAAGCUGUGAUGGACUGGUAUCCUAUGCAGGCUUCUUGUUAUCAUGUCCAAGAUAAGUAGGUGGAAGAUGGAUGGAUGGUGUGGGUCUUAAAGUAGGAAUUUUCCAUAAUGAAAAAACCUAACGUCUGA